AUGGGACAGGCGACGCCUACGCGUCGGUGCUGCCUGUUCUCCCGCCUUCUUUUCCCAUCGUGCUGAGGCGGGUGGCAUGGCGGAGAAGGAUGACACCGGACUUUGACGAAGAGGUGGUUUUUGAGAAUUCUCCACUUUACCAGUACUUGCAAGAUCUGGGACACUCAGAUUUUGAAAUAUGUUCUUCUGUGUCACCAAAAACAGAAAAAUGCACAGCGAGAGAGGGGCCACAAAAGACUCCUAUGAGAGCCCUGUCAGAACAAGGCAUCCUGUUGAAAGUGGCUGAAACAAUCAAAAGUUGGAUUUCAUUUUCUCAAUGCAGUAAGAAAGAUGACUUACUUCAUAAAUUGGAUAUUGGAUUCCGACUCGACUCACUACAUACCAUCCUGCAACAGGAAGUCCUGUUACAAGAGGAUGUGGAGCUGAUUGAGCUACUUGAUCCCAGUAUCCUGUCUGCAGGGCAACCUCAACAACAGGAAAAUGGACACCUUCCAACACUUCACUCCCUGGCAACCCCUGAUAUUUGGGAUGUGUCAAUGCUAUUUGUCUUCAUUAGUUUGCUGGUUAUGCUUCCCGCUUGGUGGAUUGUAUCUUCCUGGCUGGUAUGGGGAGUGAUUCUAUUUGUUUAUCUGGUCAUAAGAGCUUUGAGAUUAUGGAGGACAGCCAAACUACAAGUGACCCUAAAAAAAUAUACUGCCCAUUUGGGUAAUACAGCAGCAAAUAGCCGAGCUUUUACAAACCUUGUGAGAAAAUCAUUGCGUCUCAUUCAAGAAACUGAAGUCAUUUCCAGAGGAUUUACACUUUUGCUUGACAGGGUCAGUGCUGCUUGCCCAUUUAAUAAAGCUGGACAGCAUCCCAGUCAGCAUCUCAUCGGUCUUCGGAAAGCUGUCUACAGAACUGUCAGAGCCAACUUUCAAGCAGCAAGGCUAGCUACCCUAUAUAUGCUGAAAAACUACCCCCUGAACUCUGAGAGUGACAAUGUAACCAACUACAUCUGUGUGGUGCCUUUUAAGGAGCUGGGCCUUGGACUUAGUGACGAACAGAUUUCAGAAGAGGAAGCUCAUAACCUUACAGAUGGCUUCAGCCUGCCUGCAUUGAAGGUUUUGUUUCAACUCUGGGUGGCACAGAGUUCAGAGUUCUUCAGACGGUUAGCCCUGUUACUUUCUACAGCGAAUUCACCUCCUGGGCCCUUACUUACUCCAGCACUUUUGCCUCAUCGUAUUUUAUGUGAUGUGAUUCAAGGUCUACCUCAUGCACAUUCUGCCUGUUUGGAAGAGCUAAAGCGCAGCUAUGAGUUCUAUCGAUACUUUGAAACUCAACAUCAGUCUGUAUCCCAGUGUUUAUCCAAAACUCAACAGAAGUCAAGAGAACUGAAUAACGUUCACACCGCAGUACGCAGCUUGCAGCUCCAUCUGAAAGCAUUACUGAAUGAGGUAAUAAUUCUUGAAGAUGAACUUGAAAAGCUUGUUUGUACCAAAGAAACACAAGAACUAGUGUCAGAGUCUUAUCAAAUCCUAGAACAGAAAUUAAAGUUGAUUCAGCCCCAUGUUCAAGCAAGCAACAAUUGCUGGGAAGAGGCCAUUUCUCAGAUGGACAAACUGCUACGAAGAAAUACAGAUAAAAAAGGCAAGCCUGAAAUAGCAUGUGAAAACACGCAUUGUACUGCAGUACCUUUGAUGCAGCCUACUGUGCACAUUGCAGACAAAGAUCCAAUUCCUGAAGAACAGGAAUUAGAAGCUUAUGUAGAUGAGAUAGAUAUGGAUAGUGAUUUCAGAAAGGAUGAUUUUUAUUACUUGUCUCAAGAAGACAAGGAGAGACAGAAGCGUGAGCAUGAAGAAUCUAAGAGGGUACUCCAGGAAUUAAAAUCUGUGCUGGGAUUCAAAGCAUCAGAAGCAGAAAGGCAGAAGUGGAAGCAGCUUCUGUUUAGUGAUCAUGCUGUGUUGAAAUCCUUGUCUCCUGUAGACCCAGUGGAACCCAUAAGUAAAUCAGAAUCAUCUAUGAAUUCAGAUAUGGGGAAAGUUGGUAAAAAUGAUACUGAAGAGGAAAAUAGUAAGCCCUCCACAACUGACAGUGAAAUAAGUAGGACUGAGAAUUUAUGUGAAAACCCUCUAGGGAGUAAAAAUAAAGACAUUUCUGCAAAUGAAGUCUUCCUCCAAGGAGCUGAAGAAAGAGUGUGUUACCAAUAUAAGAGUGAAGAUGAAUCUCAGCAGGCAGAAGUAGGUGACCUGGCCACUGCCCACCCAACUCCCAAGGACCCAGUACAGCCCUCCAUUAAGCAGAGGCUGGCACGGCUACAGCUGUCACCGGAUUUUACCUUCACUUCCGGCCUUGCUGCAGAAGUGGCUGCCAGAUCUUUCUCCUUUACCACCAUGCAGGAACAGACUUUUGGUGAUGAAGAAGAGGAAGAAGAGCAAAUAACACAAGAAAUUAAAAAUGGGAUAGAAGAAAAAUAAAGAGUCAAGGUUCACAUGAAGGAUUUUAUAUUCUUCCAUUUAUGAAAGUAUUUUAGCUUUGACACUAGAUAUUUCACUGGAAAGGAAAAAUGAGUGUAAGUUUACAUAUACACCUUGGUUUGAACAAUUGCUUUGAAAAUAGUAGUUACCUGUAAAUGGCAGAUCUUUUAGGAAAAUAAGAGAAAGGUAAGGGCUGUCUUGAAGAAACUUGAGGUUUUAUUUGUGGCUCAGCUGAUCGAUCUUGGAGUACUUUUAAGAAGAAAUGAAUUUAUCAUUUCUUGCCUAAAUUUGCUAGCAUAAGAUGACUUGGAUAAGAACAUUAACUUUUAGUAUGACUCCUUUUUAUUGUACUCUUGCAGUUAAUAACUGCGGCUAUUUAUGUUAAUAACAAGUUGUUUGUAUUUUCCUUGUUUAUACCAGUCAUAAAACAAAGAUACAGGUUCUGAAUAAAAAAAUAUUUCAUUCAUACCGUUGAUGUGUGCUGGGAUUUGGAACUAAAAAGUAGUUUCAAAAGUACAUGACAUGCUUCUUAUGUUUCUUUGUAUGUAUGUGUGUUCAGUGGUUAAUUUUAAGAUGUCUCAGAUACUUAGGACAUGUUAUCAGGAGGGACAUCAUGCUUAGUAAAGUAGAGGGUCAG